GGCCUCACUUGCACCCCCGGCACAGCACCAUGGGUGAAAUCAAGUCUGUAAAAGUGGACAACUGGGGGGUUUUCUUCCUCCAGAAAUUGCAAAAUUUCUUCAACAAAACAGAUUACUGUGAUCUGACCUUACAAUUCCGGGAUAAUUCGCAGCUGAAAGUGCAUCGUUUGGUACUAAGUGCUUGUACAGAUUACUUCAAUGUUUUGGAGCAGACGUGUGAGGUGGUGGAUGAUGCCAUCAUCAUGCCAAAUGGAUUGCAGGCAGAUGUGGUGGUUCCAAUUGUCAAUUUCAUGUACACCGGCACCCUUGAAUUCGAGCUGAAAAUGUACAAUCGCCUUCUACGCACAGCCAAGGACAUGAAUAUGACAGUCUUGCUGAAACUACUGGAAGCCCAUCGGCGAACAAUGGAAAUGCACCCACAGAAAAAUCAAGCACCUUCCAGUCCUAAGACAAAGCGUAAAAUAAUUCCAUCAUAUGCCGCAGGUUCCGGUACUCAGACUAAUGUUGGUGGACGGACUUUAGUGCAACCCACGGCGAAGCGCAUUAUUGUUAGCGGCAACAAUCCACCACAGCAGCAUCGUAUGGGAGCUUCUUCAAUCACUUAUCCACGCUCUGCAACUGGCAAUGUAGUGUCUGGAACUGUACCGGUAAAGCAGCAAAUUGGAUCUACAACCUUUACGCGUAUCAAACAGGAAGCAGAGCACGAAGGCGGUUAUACAUUAUCCAAGAAGUCGGUGCCGCAGCAAGCAACGCCUUCCUCGCCAUUUGAACAAUUGAGAAAGGGAUACACAAAUAACAACAAGCGGCCCCCAACUGCAACAUUUGUAUCUCCGCCUGCUAAGAAGCCCAACAUAGAAGAUGUGAAAGAGUUUGCCGAACAACAACGCAUGCGAAAACAAAUUGCAGCGGAAUUUGGUGAUGAUGGAGACUACGAUGCUGGAAUAAUGGAUGACGACACCAUUCACAACGAUGACGAUGAUGACGACAUGGCUACGACCACGAUGCCUUCUCCUCAACAGGCACAGCAACAUAAAAAUACUUCUACAGCGGUCCAGACAUCGUCUACACAGCAACAACAAACGGAAGAUCCUCCGGGCACAACAACAAUAAUAGUGAAGAAUGAAGGACCCGAUAAGCCACCCACAAUUGUGGUGAAGGAUAGUUCAAAUUCGAAAAUGAAUCACGCCAAGAUUAUAUCGGAAGUUCUGCGCCAAUAUCCGCACUUGGUCAACAGCAAUAAGAAUAUCAAGUUGAAAAUUAUGCCGAACGCUGGGGGUCAAAGCCAAAAGGUAAUUGUGAAGAAGGAACCUACUACCGAAUCUGAUAACGCGAAUGCGCCAACUGUUGCACCCCAACAGACAAAGAUUGCAAUAGGCGCAAAAUCGGAUCCAAAGGCAGCUUCAGCUGUACAGCCAAAGCCCAAACAGCAAACUGGAAAUGCAACAAGCGUUACUUCGUCUGUUGACCAGACCACAAAUAAAACAGCGGACUCAACAACAGGAUCUGCCGCUGCAGUAGCUCCACAAGCGGCUCCUGCCCAGAAACGUCGCAUCGAUAGCAAAACAAUGCACGCUUUAAUUGCCUUAGGUGCUGAAAAUACCACCGGCCCUUGGUUAUGCUUACGAUGUGGACGCAAUGGCCAUCCAAUCAGCAUACCUUCGUAUCGUGGUUUCAGGCGCCAUCUUAUAAAUACUCACAAGGAGACCAUAGACCCUGCGCUCUGUGAGCAUUGUGGUUGGCGUUCGUCCAGCAAACGGGAGUUGCAUUUCCAUAUGCAGUUGGAGCAUAAAAUUCGAACUAACCUCUACAUAUUCCCCGAAUGCCAGCUAUGCCAGCAAAUGUGCAUUGAUAGUGACGCUUUAAAUCAGCACCUGAUUGACAGCCAUCCCGACGAGAAUAAACAACAGUGCAUUUACUGCAAUAAGAUCUUCCCCGAGGAACUGCAAUUGUAUACUCACAUGAAAACGUUCCACAAGAAACAAGCGCUAGAGGAUGGUAUAAUUGAUUAUUCCGACGACGAAAAUGUCAACGCUCCGUCUGUAUUUCCUCCUCCGAACGAGGAUGAGGAAAUGUUAAUGGAAGAAGAAAUCGAUGCUCAACAAGAUUCGGAAAAGAAAGUAAAAAUUCUAUCGGACAUAAGUUUGCCCAUCGCAAGUUCUAUCAUGAAAACGGAUAGCUUCGCAUCGGAAAAUGUCACCGCAGGAGAGUCGACGACAUCGGCAGCAUCUGAGGAGUAUUUGCAGGAACAGGGAGGGGAGCAUAUGGAAACUAAAUUUGUUGCCGCCGAUGGCAGCGAAGUCAUCUUAACUGAUGAGCAACGAAAGGAAAUUUUGUCGCAGUUGAAUCAGGAACACGAUGGAUCCGGCGUGGUAAUGGUUCUCAAUGAAAACCAACAGCUAACUACUACUGCUGAAACCCAGUCUGAGCAGGGUGCCAUAAGCCACGAUGAAACGUCACAGGCUACAACAGCCACAACCAAUGACGACCCAGAACAAGACGAUAGUCAUAUUUACAGUGAAAUUAAAUCGCAGACUUCUGAAGCUGUUCAUGAAGAUGAGGAAGAGGACACAGUCAGUCAGCCGCCUGAAGAAGACAUACAUGGUACGGAGGAGCAACAAAAACCUAAAGGAGGCAAGGUACAUCACGACCAACAGAUGGAGGAAAGCAAAGAGUCAAUUGACGACUUGGAAUGGGCCGAGAAUUUAAUAUCUGAACACGAAAUGGCGGAUCAUACUUCAGAAAGUCCCAAACCAGAGAUAAAAGAUAACACAGAAGAUGAUAUUAGUAGGAAACUUAAGGAACUUGCCGGUGAAUGGUCGGAAGACGAAGAUUUAGACGAGGAAAUGGAAGAAAAAAUGCCGGAGGAGAAAAUGGAAGAAGAAUGCUUAGACGAUGAUGUAAAUAAGGUAGUCGAUGAAGUGCCAGAAACAGCAGCUCCAGCCGAAGAAGACAAACAAUUGGUUGAUGAAGACAUUGAAACAACAAAUGUUGAAAGUAAUGAAAUUGAAAAUGAAGAUAAAGAAAAAGAUAAGGAUGAGGAGGUAGCAGAAGGAGAAGAAGUCAAAGAAUCUGAAACUAAAAUAGAGGAUGAUAAUAUUGCCAUGGAGGAAGAUGAUGUUGAUCUGGCUUUGAAAAAUCUACACAAAGAGGGAGAUGAUGGUGUUAAAGCCGAAGAGGAAGCAAUAAAUGAGUCAUCUGAAAAGGCAAAUGAGCCCAAAACUGUAGAAGAUGUCAUAGGAAAUAUUGCAGAGCUGGAAAAAGUUACCGAAGAGGAUAAGGAAACUGAAGUUGACGAUACGGACAAAGAUAGGAUACCAACAGAAGAGGAUAAGGUAACAACUACAUCUACAAAUGAUGAGGCAUCAAAAAAAGAAGAUACCGAAGCAACAGAAACUGCACCUGAUGCCACUGUUGUUAGUAACAUCGACGAAGAGGAAAAAAGUAGUGUUACAGUGAAAGAGGAAAAAAACACUGCAGAUUGUUCUACAGACAAAAUUUCAGAGGACGAACCUCCUGUAGAAGACGAAUUUUUGGCAAUUUCGCCUGAAAAAACAAAAAAUUUAUCCCCAGAUGAGUCUGCCGCAAGCACAACAGCCGAAAAAGAGCCUGAUGCUCAGACUACAUCUACAAAAACAGAUCCCAACCCAAUAUCGUCGGAGGAGCGUGUCAAAAGUCUUAUAAGUGAAUGGGGUGACGACGAUGACGAGGAAGAGAACGAAACAAACAUAGCCACACCCAGUCUAUAAGCACCAGAUCUCUAGUUGCUUUGUAAGUAAACUAUAUGAUCUGAAUUCAAAUAAUCCCUUC